AUGAAUUAUCCAAAAAGGUUUUCGAUUGGCAAAAUGUAUUAAAGAGUAUUACUUAAUAAUUUAAUUCAAAAGGAAAAAGGCAUUUAUUAAAAAGAUGAUAACUGCAUUUCUAAACCAUAAAGUCGAAAAACACAAUAUCAAAUAGAUUAUAUUAAUUAAGGAGUGAAACUAUAGAAUGUGUAAUUAGCAACAUUCUAUCUCAAAAACGGAUUGCCCUAUCGAGGUUUGAUAGGUAAUCUUAAGUUGUUUUAAAUAGAAAACAGCUACAGAUAAUAUUCCAGCCAAUUAUAUUUUAGUCCAAGUUCCCCGCCAAUUAAUAAUAAGUAGUUAAACUGCAUUUGAAUCAAGUCAAAAAGCCUUUUAUUUUAAACAUAGAGAAUUUUUUUUAGAUCAUGAAGACGGAGAAGAACAUGCAAUAAUAGCUUUUCUUAUUAUGAAUAAAAGAGAAGGAAUAAGAUCCAAAUAUUAUAGAUUUAUUGAUUAAUUACCAUAAGAUGUUAAUAUGUUGAUAUUUUGGUCAGAGGAGAAAUUGAAAUUAUUGUAAGAUGAAAAUUUAAUCCAUAAAGUAUAAAAAAAGAGGGAAGAUUAUAAGUAGACCUAAUUGAUAUUCAAAGAGAUAAUGAAUACAACAGAGGAAGAAUUUUAAUGGGCUUAUACCAAUUUAUAUACCAGAGAUUUUGGACAUAAUUUGAAAUACAAAAGUAUGGUACCUUUUUGUGAAUUCUUCAAUCAUGAAUGUGUUGAUGUACAUAUUACACUUUUGUCUAAAGAUGAUUAUGAAAAGAAGAAUGAAAUUAAUAGUAUAAAUGUAGAGAAUAAGAAGAAUGGAAAAAAAGGUAAAAAGUAGAUUGAAGGUUUUUAUGCUGAUGAAGAACUUUAGAGUGUUUAAUCUUCAUCAGAUUCAGAUAAUUCUUUAGAUUUAGAUCAAAAUGAAUCAGAUAUUGAUUAUUUUAUUGCAGAUUAAAUUAUAGAAUGGACAAGCAAAAAGGAAUUAUAAGAAUAAACAUAUGAUAUAAUUAGAGAUUAUGUUUUACAUAAUGUAAUUAGAUACUAAGACAAAUCAAGUAGAUAUAUUCCUAAUGUGAGAAAGAAAAUAAUUAAUUGGAAAGAAGAUGAAGAUUUUGAUUAUUUCUGUAUUAGCUCAUAAAGAACUGAAAAUUUUAAGAAAGGAUCUCAAGUCUACUUUAAUUAUGGAAGACUUUCUAAUAGAGAAUUAUUAUUAAGAUAUGGAAUUGCCUUAGAGAAAAACAAAUAUGAUCAUGUUUAUUUAAGAAUUAAUACUGCAGAAUUAUUAAAAAGGAGAGUGAGCAGAAUAUUUUAGAAAUAAUAUUUAUCAAUUAAACUAAAAUAUACUGAGUUCCCUUUUGCUUUGCUUAAGUUUUCUAAGGCUAUUAAAGAGUAAUAUUUAAAAUAGGUUGUAGAAGUGAAAACCAAGAUUACUAUGAUCCUUAGACCGUGUUGAAUAUCAUUAAUAUUUAGACUGAAUUGUAAGGUAAAGUAUUCUUAUAUCAUUAGGUUUGACAAAAUCUAUAGAAUUAUUGCAAUAAUUUAAAUCUGAAUUUAAAGAAGAUCUUUCUAGAAGUGAUCAUUUGUUAAAGAAUAAUAAAUUAGAUUAUGAUGAAUAUUUUGCAUUGGUUUACAGAUUGGAAAAGUAAAGAAUUCUCCAACAUAAUAUUAUAUUAUUAUAAUUGGCAAGAGAAAUUCUAUUGGAUCCAGAAAGAUUGGAAUAUACAUGUAGUUCUUAUGAAUCUUCAUAAUAUGAGUAUACAUAUAGGAUAAUACUAAAAAAAUACUUAGAUCAAAUCUUAAAACAAUGA